AUGCCGCAGAAGGUGCGCGUCGCCGCAUCCAGCAAUGGCGUGCUGCCUGAAGACAUGCUGCGUCACAUCCUCGUGCGCCUCCCGGCAAAGACGCUAUGCCUCUUCCGAGCAGUCAGCCGAUCCUGGAGGUCCCUCCUCUCAGAUCCGCUCUUCGUUGCAGCGCACAAGUCCCGCCACCCUGGGCCACUAGUUGUCACAUGUACCAGUGAAUUGUGUCAAAGAGGAGGCACCAUUGAGAUUAUGGACUUGUCUGGCCAUGUCGUUAAGCGGAUAGCCACCAGCAUGGAGAAUGCCCGGUUGGAAUGCACACGCCACCUGGACCUUAUUUGUGUCGCCAGAAAUGAGCAUCGUUCGACCCGCCAUGUGAUCAACCCUGCCACGGGGGAUACUUUUGCAUUGCCCAGUCGCUGUGCAAAGGAGCAUGCACAUGUGAAACAUUUCUUCCCACAAUCAUUUGACUUUGGACAGGUUGGCUCCACGGGAGAGUACAAGGCUAUACGCUGUGUCAGCAUUGAUGAUUCCGAGAGUGAGUCCAGCCCGAUGCUCUGUGAGGUCAUCACCCUUGAUGAUGGUCGCCAUGCAAGAUGGAGGGGCAAACAGGGCCCUCCGGCCCCUGUCGCAAGUAACCGUAACAAAAGUGUCGUUGUCAACGGAGUCGUCUAUUUCUUGUUGGAAUUUCGACGUCCCACAUUUUCUGGGGACCAUGUCGAACAUGGUAGCAUGGCUUUGUUCAAUCUUGAGACAGAGGAGUGGAUGGGGAUUGUUCAAGGUCCAAUGCCAGUGCGCAAUGGCGGUUACUUUAGUCUAUUCAUGGAGCUAUCGCUGGUAUGCUUGGAUGGGUUCUUAGUUAUGGCACACAAUCCUGAAUAUAGCUCUUUGGACUUGUGGUUUUUGAUGGAUGCUGAGGAAUCUCUCUGGAAUAAAAGGUACAGCAUAGAUGGCCAGCAUGAAAUUCUCUUUGCUCAACCCGUAGAAAUUCUAAGUGAUGGGCGGAUAGUCCUCUCUGCACCAGGACGGCUAAGGCUCUACAAUCCAAUUACCAAGACUUUCACUGAUUUUGAGAUGAGAAAUUCCACAUUUGUUGGUACUUACACUGGAAGUCUAUUGUCUUCAGAGAGCACUUUCACUUCUGAGGCUGAACGUUGCACUGUCUGUGGCUGCUAUGGCACCCUUGAAACCAUCGAACCUUAUGCACUCUGUGAAGACUGUAUGUUGCAUCAAGCCUUGCUUUUAUUGCAGCGUCUGGAAGGCUGCGCUCAACUGGACACACUUUCAGGAAUUACCAACUGA